GAAUCUCUCAAUCAUCUCUCGUUUCUCUGUUCUCUGCGCUUUCUCCGAAUCCCACCUGAUCAAGGCAAUCCACCAUCGGCGGCUCUCGAUCUCCAACACUUUCAAUCUCAAUCAUCUCUCGUUUAUCUGUUCUCUGCCCUAGCUUUCUCCCUGAUCAAGAUUCAAGGCAAUCCACCGCUGGCGGCUCUUGGCGGCUCUCGAUCUCCAACACUUUCAAUCUCGAUUUCUUGUUUGAUAUAUAUUUUCUUUUAUUUCAUUGUGUUUUUUUUCUCUCUCUUUCUUAACGCUCUAAUCUGUUCUAUUUCAGACCCCUUGGGCCCUUGCUAGAUUAAUUCUUGCGCGAUUCUUUAGUAGUAGUGUCUUUUUGGUGUUAUUAACGUGAUGGAUGCAGGAUUAAGGAACUCUGUUUCUUCAAACAAGACUCAAUCCCGUUUCCCUCUUCAGGAAGAGUAUCUUCAGAGAAAAAAUUCCAGUGAAAAUUUGGAUAGGUUUAUUCCAAAUAGAUCAGCAAUGGAUUUCGACUAUGCACAUUAUAUGGUGACGAAAGGUAAGGAAAAUCCAGCCACCAGCUCACCAUCCAGAGAGGCAUAUAGAAAGCAGCUAGCGGAGGCCUUGAACAUGAACAGGACAAGGAUCCUUGCAUUUAAGAACAAACCACCCACCCCUGUUAAGGGCAUCCCGAAUGAGUUUUCUUCUGCUGCUUACCAGGCCAAACCAACGAAACCCAAGCGCCACAUUUCUCAGACGUCUGAGAGGACUUUGGAUGCUCCAGAUAUUGUGGAUGAUUAUUACUUAAAUCUAUUAGAUUGGGGCAGCAGCAAUGUUCUUUCUAUAGCUUUGGGUAGUACUGUUUACCUGUGGGAUGCAUCUGAUGGCAGCACUUCCGAACUGUUCACAAUUGAUGAUGAAAAUGGUCCGGUUACAAGUGUUAAAUGGGCUCCAGAUGGGAGGCAUAUUGCUAUUGGCUUGAACAAUUCUGACGUGCAGCUUUGGGAUACCACAGCUAACCGAUUGUUGAGAACUUUGAGAGGCGGUCACCAAUCACGAGUCGGGGCCCUUGACUGGAACAACCAUAUACUGACUACAGGUGGAAUGGAUGGUCUUAUUAAUAACAAUGAUGUCCGAGUGAGAGCACCUAUCGUAGAAACAUAUAGAGGACAUCAUCAAGAAGUCUGUGGCCUGAAAUGGUCUGCCUCAGGCCAGCAGUUGGCUAGUGGAGGAAAUGAUAAUCUCCUCCACAUAUGGGACAGAUCAACUGCUUCUUCCAACUCCUCGACAAAGUGGCUUCACAGGUUUGAGGAUCACACAGCUGCUGUUAAGGCACUUGCUUGGUGUCCAUUUCAGGGUAACUUGUUGGCCUCUGGUGGUGGUGGAGGCGAUAGGUGCAUAAAGUUCUGGAAUACCCAUACUGGUGCUUGUGUGAACUCAGUUGAUACAGGGUCACAGGUCUGUUCACUGCUUUGGAGCAAGAAUGAGCGUGAAUUGCUAAGCUCUCAUGGGUUUACUCAGAAUCAGCUUACUCUCUGGAAAUACCCAUCAAUGGUUAAGAUGGCAGAGCUUACUGGACAUACAUCCCGAGUUCUUUUCAUGGCUCAGAGUCCAGAUGGUUGCACAGUGGCUUCUGCAGCAGGAGAUGAAACACUGAGAUUCUGGAAUGUUUUUGGAACCCCUGAAGUGGCAAAACAGGCUCCAAAGUCAAAUCCUGAGCCAUUCGCUCACAUCAACCGAAUUCGCUGAAUAUUACAACCCUCGGCCUGGUUUGGCAUUUGAUAUCUUCUCAAGAUCCAGAUACAGAUGAUGAUAUGGCUUUACAGUCAGCUGCUUGAAGAUGGAAGAAGCAUCCAAGUAAUGUGAAAAGCACUGGUCAGGAGCUGAUUCACAUCCAUUUCUUAGCGAACACAACUGAAAAUGGAAAAGUACUAUUUGGAAUCUUGUUGAGAGUCGUCUUCGAAUGCAUUUUUGAGGCGAAUCAUUUCAGAACAGCCAGCACUCAUCAGAUAAAGGCAGUUGUGGUGUGGUGGCCAAGCUACUUCAUUUAUGAAAUCAGGGUACCAAUGGCUGAAAGUUCCAAGCAAUAUAUACUCUAGCUUCAGACAGUGCAGAGUGAGCGAGAUGGGAACGUUUGCAGAUAGGUGCGAUGAGGAAGAACCAUAUCCUGCCGGCUCCUCCAACAUUUCCUCACAAUAGAAACAGAAGGGUAGCUCCAAUCUAGUUUCUGUGCAUAUCAAUUGUGAACAAUAUCUCAUUUGUUUGUACAUUUCUUGUUGUUUUGAUGCCUAAUUAGCUCAAAAACAUCCUGCCCCAAUGUUUAAGAUUGGUAUGUAAAUUCUAUUUCAGAUAAAUCCAUUUUGCAAAUCCCAUUUCAGAUAAAGGUCAAUAUCAUUCAUUCUGCUGAA